UCCUGCAGGAUGGACACCUUCCCCAAGGGCAGCCAUGGGCUCCAUCGGCAGAAGAGGGACUGGGUCAUCCCUCCCAUCAACUGCCCCGAGAACGAGCGCGGACCCUUCCCCAAGAAGCUGGUGCAGAUCAAAUCCAACAAGGACAAGGAGACCAAGGUGUUCUACAGCAUCACAGGGCAGGGGGCGGACACCCACCCCGUGGGGGUCUUCACCAUCGAGCGUGAGACAGGAUGGCUGGAGGUGAUGGGCAGCGGGUGGAGGACCCCAUGGAGAUCAUCAUCACCGUGACGGACCAGAACAACCUUUA